AUGACCGAAGACCUUCAUAAACGCCAAGUGCAUGAUACAAACAAUGAACCUGAAACUCCGCCAUCACCCUCAAACGAUCGAAUAUUCGCUCCACUCAAUAUUCCAUGGUACCGUCGUUGUCAGACAUUAACAAUCGUGGUCUGGUGGUUAUUACCAUGGUUCUGUUUGUACUUAACGAUAUAUUUUCUUUUCUAUUGCAAUUGGUAUUCGACAACAUUCAUGAUAGUCUAUAUCACAUGGAUGGUGAAAUUUCGAACGUUUCCCAAGACAGGUGGACAUCGGCAACAAUGGUUUCGUCGAUGUAUUUGGUGGAAAUGGUUUGUUGGCUAUUUCCCAAUACACUUACAUAAAACUUGCGAAUUACCAUCCGAUCGUUCGUACAUCUUUGGUUAUCAUCCUCAUGGAAUCAUUGCCUUGGGAGGAUUCGGCAAUUUUUGCACCGAAGCAACUGGUUUUGAAAGAUUAUUUCCUGGUAUUAAUGCUCGUUUUCUUGUGUUAAAUUCCAAUUUUCAAAUACCAUUCUACGAUUUAUUCUUAACAAUGGUGGGUGCAUGCGAUGCAUCGAAAGAAUCGUGCAAUUACAUUCUCAAACAAAGCCAUGGAAAUAGUAUUAUAUUGGUUCUCGGUGGUUCAAAAGAAGCACUAGAUGCACAUCCCUCAUCGAAAUAUAUGUUGACACUGAAAAAUCGCAAAGGUUUUGUUAAAGUUGCAUUGGCCAAUGGUGCAAGUUUAGUUCCUGUGUUUUCAUUUGGCGAAAACGAUUUGUAUGAACAAGUUUCGAAUCCACGUGGAUCAACAUUACGAUCGAUACAAAUGCAUUUACAGAAGAUAAUGGGUUAUUCGCUACCACUGUUCCAUGGACGAGGUAUUUUUCAAUAUAAAAUCGGUCUGCUACCUAUCCGUCAUCCUGUUCAUACAUAUGUUGGUGAACCGAUUCCAAUACCUAAAGUGUCAUCAGAAUUGAUUACAUCGAAACUGAUUGAUGAAUAUCAUCAGAAAUAUAUGGAUGCAUUAGAACAAUUAUUCGAUAAAUAUAAGACGAAACAUGGUGAUAUGAAUUCCUCGAUUGUGUUUGUCGAUGAUCCUAGCGUUUAA